UCAGUCAACAUCAUCUCCGGCUGCCUCUGACUUCCACCAGCCGACCCCAACACGGUCCACAUCGGCUCUGCUAAUCUUGCUCCUGAGCUCAGUCAUACUUGAUUUCCUCGCCGCUCUCACUAAAAAAAAUUCCGCCCGACAUUUUCGGCAUAUCGCACGCCACAUUUCUGGUAGGAAACGCCGGGGGAAAGCUGAUAUCCCGCGCGCUGAGCUCCAUACGACCGCGCCCCGCCCCAACACGACUCACUACCCGAUGAUGUCUGAAAUGAGGGGGACGGAGCCAUCAGAGUUUAGGUUCGAGUCUUCCCCAGCGGAUCACCACAAAACGCCUUCUCCUAGCUCCUCGCACGGGAACGAGAGAGUGGGGAUGCACGCGCACAUGGACUAUCCUGAGCCGCCCAGCCCACGGGACCCGAAGGGCAUCAACGAUCAUGUGAAGGUAACUUUUGACGAGAUCAUAGCGGAGCCCGAAAGUGCCUACAGCUAUGACCAGGUGUGGGACGUGUCCAAGCGCACAUACAAGGGAACCAAGUCCUGGUGCUACCGCAUCCUGUCCUUCUGCUGUGCGGUACCGCUCGCGUUCUUCUGGGGGCUCUACUUCGGCUGUCUGGCCUGUGUCCAAAUAUGGUGCGUGGUGCCCUGCGUGAAGGGUUACGUCAUCAACCUGCACUGCUACGGCAAGAUCUGGGCCCUGUUCCUGUCCACCUUCGUGGACCCCUGUUUUGAGUCCAUAGGAAGGAUGUUUGGUGGCAUCAAAUUCACUGCACGGAAAGAGACAAUCGCAUAGAAAACUCUCCUAUAGGAAAGGGCUAAGUAAUCAACCAUACAAGAAGGAUGAAAUACACAAAAGACCUCUGUACUGACUCAAAUAUCUGUUGUAUCCAGAACCGUGCUUGAUCCAGAACCAUGCUUAGGCAAGGUUGAGGUUCUGGAUUGUCCACGCGUAUCCAGAACCAUGCCUGGGGCAAAUCUACCUUCUUGGAUACGCGGAGACUAUCCAGAACCGUGCCUGAUCCUAAUUAUAUGACCUUAACCAAUCCACUAUAGAACUAGAGAUACACUGCUCUAGGUACAUAACAUGAUAUCAUCCGAGAACUUUGUAUAUAUUUGAACUCCUGUUAUACAGAUACACUGAUAGCCACAAUUGAAAGCAAAUUCACUGUAUUACAUAUUUUGGAAACACGAAGUUAGUGUAUUAUUGAAGAAGUGACCUUAAAGACACUGUAUAUAGUAGGAAUCCCAAUGUAGUGAUGUGUUAUUUUUAAAGAAGUAUUGACCACAUACUAGUAAUAAGUUUCUUCUUGUAGUGCUUGUUAUUUGCUUAAAAGUAUUGUAUUGAAGGACCGACUGCAAUUAUUAUGUACAAUUACUUUGCGUAGAUUGUAGGUGAUUGCAAUAAGAUUUGGGUUGUUUUGAAUUUUUAAAUGUGACUGUAUUUAUCUUUAAUAUUCACAAAAAUGUGACUACUUUCUCUGUCAAUCCUGCUUUAUUAUUACAGACGUAGAAGUUGAUAGUCAAUUUCUAUAUCCUGUCUUUUUCAACGUAUCCAUUGCGUUAUGUCAACCAAAAUGUCCAUAUGGCAUAAUUUUGUGCGUUGUUUUACUGAACUGAAUUCUUUAUCCUUUACUAUCCACUUUUCAAAAUGUUAAUUUCUAUUAGUAGGCUUGUUUGAUCAUAACCAGGGUGAGAAGGUAGAGGCAUCAGUUUAUAACUCAAUCAAUAUCUGUUUGUGUGUAUACUUUUACAUGUACGUUCCUUCAAAGAACAAGAACAAAUCUAACAAAGAUUUCCAUGUUGUUAGCAAGUCGUUAUCCAAGAAACCG